AUGGACGACGACACGUUCGACGACAUCAAUGAACACUCCUUUGUCGACGACGGCAGCGACAACGACAACGAAGACAACAACAACGAUGGCAACAACCUUAAUCAAGUACUUCAAGCAUGGGACGACUUGCCGCAAGGACCUGCUCACGCUGUGAAUCAACAGCACGCUGCCGGAGGGCAGCAGGCUCACCUUCGCGAGGCAUCGAUACCGUCACAGGAUCACGAUUUCCAAAGUCAGGUCCAUGUUGUGACACGACCCAUGGUUGGACCUGAGCGAUCGCAUAUCCCAGAACCUCGGCCGCAGAACGUUGAAACCGAGUGGAUCAACCAGAAUGCAGGAGGAAACGGUCCAGCGAAAUGUCCAGAGUGCAACCUGGCUACGACACGGAGAGAUAUUCGUAGAAUAUGGAGCAAAUCAGUCGUGGUGGUGGAUACGGUCGAAAAGGACGAGGCGAAUGCGCGAGCCAGGGAGGAGAAGGAGGGCAGAUUGCGCUGUGAAAGGGAAUUGGCUAACUCUCGCCUCGCCUAUGAGAUGCUUAGUAAUGAGCUGAAGGAUAUGCGCAAAAAGCAUGACCGUCAGCGUGCUCUCAAAGCAAGGUACCGGGCGGAAGUGAAGCAGCUAAAGAUGGCGCAUCCGGAGCGGGAAAUUGUAAAGCACUUUUCGUAUGUCACCACUCGGACGAUCCCCAUAACAGCCAGGGCACCGGUAGCAACACAGUACUUGUCAUAUCGCCAGGACGAAGAAAUGCUGGUGUACAGUCGGCAGAUGGGAGAACAGCACGGGAUUGCAAAAGUGUCGAUGCGGGACUUUGCAGGCAACUAUCACGACUUUAUCCCAGUGCACUCGAAACCUAUCAAGGAUGUGCGCUGUUAUACUGGAAACCCAGGCAUAAACAAGGCAUUUAUCCUCACCGCCAGUUUGGACAAGACCCUCAAAGUUACCAAUGCUCUCUCCAAACAAGUCGUCCUUUCGUACGUCAUCAACUGCUCAUUGUACAAUAUGGAAGGGGCGGUGUGGUCGUGUUGCUGGUCAGCAACAGACUCAAACCUGAUGUACUGUGCAGUGAAGGCAAGGCAGACCAGCAUAUUGACACUCGACCUCCGGAAUACAAGAGAGCCGGUCAGCAGUUUCAGCAAUCCAGGACUGUUGGGCCACGCACCGAUCCACUCGAUGACACAUAUCGGCCCAAUGGAGGGCCAUGACCAGGAAGCGAUUCUGUGCGGCAGUGUUGACGGGGCGUUUGUGUAUAAUUUUGAGCCGGGUAUGAAUGAAGGAACGCUUUCGGGAGUGUUUAGUCAGGAGAUGAUCAUCAAUGGGAGUCAAGGGUCGACGGCGUUGGGUGGCGACAGCUUAUCGUCCAGUCAGUCCAUGGGAACAACAAUAGGUUCUAGUUCCACGAUGGGAGGGGCAGAGAAGGGGCCGGAUGGUCGAUUGCUGCCAGUUCGAUUGAAGGGAUCGAGUUGUAAUUCUGUCUCUUUCGACAGUGUCUCUCGGGACUGGAUGGCCACGUACAACUUUAUGAACACCAGGACGACACAUCAUGUCCGCGGUACUGUCGAUCAGGACCCGUAUUCUGGAGACUUGUUGCUCCGGAGUGAAUACAAGGUCAUUGGAGGAACGCCUGUACCGUUGUCGAGGAACAGCAUCUUUUCAAGGCUGAACGAUUCCGUCCACAUGGCUGCAGGAUCUGACUCCGUCGCACAAGUGUGGUAUGAUCCGAAAUUCAAGUCAAAGAAGGCACAGGAAGAAGAUAACGAGAGGAGACAGACAUUGAGCGGACGCCCUAUAUCGACUCUGGACCAUGGCCCGCUAGCUCAACAUGUUAUCCAAAGUGGGAACAAUAUUCCUGCGAACUCGGUGAUCCGAGAUGUCAAGCCGGUGGUGGUCUCGGGAGUGAACGAGUACAUUGUGACACUCUCGGACAAGGAACUUGGGAUGUAUCGAUGGUCCGAGAGUGAACCUUUGGGUGGCGAGGAGGAUAGUGAUGACGAAGAAGGUAGUGAGGUGGACGAGAGUGAAGGUGAUGACCUGGUGCGUGUAAAAUAUGGAGGGAAGAGGCGGCGGCUUGACGACGAUGACAGUGACAGUGGAGAUGUUGUUGUUCUUGAUGGCGCAGAUGGUGAGAAUGGAGUAGGAGGAUCUGGGACAGUGGAGCAAGGUCCUUCCUCGACUGCGUCCUCUCCCAUGUUCAAUACCCAAUAA